AACAUUUACAUUUGCAUAACAGUUGUCAAUGAUCAGAGCCCAAGUGUUGCCACUAUUUUGAUCAGCUUUUAGGGGUCUUCUUUUUAAUUAAAAAAAAAAGAAAAAAAACAGAUUCUAGGGUUAAAAUUGGAGAUGAAGACCUUUGGGUUUGGGUCCUUUGGGAGGAUGGGGAUGCGGAGGAGGAUCGUUGGGUUCAAUGAGCACAUUGAGACCAUUGAGAACAUUGAGAGCACUGGGACCGAUGAGUCCAUGGGGUAUAAAUGUCUGGUGUUUAAGUUUAGUUACGAGGAUUAUCAUCAACAGACGUCGGAGUUUUGCAAAGAAGAAGAUGAAGUCCUUCGUGACGUUCAUUUUGCGCACAAGCCUGUGGAAUGGACCCCUGAGUUCUUCCGUUCGGCUUGGUGGUUCGGUCUUGGGGGCGAUAUGCCCCCUUUGCGUACGUUCUGGGCCAUCGACCCGGAACUAUUGAUGUGCUUCUACAAACAGCUGGUGCACGAGACGUUCAUGGAGCAUCCAAAUGCAUCAGGACUCACCGUUGAAAGAGAUCAUGUUUACCAGCAUUCCAGUCUGCUAGAUGGUAGUACGGAAGCCGAGUUGCUUUUGGGAACGUUGGGGGAAUUGUUCACUGCAACGGACAAAGCCCCGUUUCGGCACCUAAGGAGUAUCGAGCUUCGCUCCGUCUACUUCGACGCAGUCUUCUGCUCCCUCGAGAACCUUUGUUCUUUCCUCGUCGACCCGCACUGCCAGAUCAAAGUCCUCAGUUUGGUAAACUGCGACCUGCAACCGGGUGCCGGUUACGUGCUGCGCGACAUGUUGAUAAGCAACUGUUCGCUCACCCACUUCAAGCCGGACUGUCGUUUUCACUCUCCAGAGGAGAAAGUUGAGUUGGCACGCGGCGUGGCAGGUUCCCGAAGUCUCCAAGAAUGCUUUCUGAUGAUCAUUUCGAACACAGAGUUACGUGCAUUGGCAGACGGUCUGCAGGUAUCGGAGUUUCGAGAAGAACAAGGAGGAGAGGAGAUGCCGCACUACCAAAAUGGUGCCGCGGAAACCAUUGAACUGGGCACACAGGCAGCAGACAGUCGACACUCCUCGAAUUUUCCGGAAGGACGAGGAGGAGGAGAAGCACUACCGCACCCCAGCGAUUGUGCUGAACAAACCACUGAACAGAGCACACGGGUGUCAGACGGUUUACAUUCCCCGGAGUUUCCACAAGGACGCGGCGUUGGAGGCGGGGAGGCGGUAGCUCACCCACGAAAUGGUGCCACAGACGGUCUGCAUUCCCCAGAGUGUCCGGAAGAACGAGGUGCUGAUGUGGUAGCACGCCCACGAAAUGGUGCCGCAGAGGGUCUGCGUUUCCUGGCGUUUCCGGAGGUACGAGGCGGAGAGGAGGUAGCACAUGGAAGAGAUCGUGCUGCAGAAAGCAUUCAACGGAAAAUCAAGCCAGCAAAGGAAGACGCGGCAGAGAGACGAAAAGGACCCAUUGGACAAAGGGCGGAGGCGGCAAAGGAUGCAGCAGCUCCGGCGGCAACGGUGGUAGGGGAAGUGAAGGGAUCCGGUGAAAGCCAAGAACGCUCGACCCAGAAUUCAAGCCUUACAUGGUUGCUGCAGAGAAGCCUGUAUGGCUUCAGAGUCCUGCUACGACAGGUUAGGGCCCACAGGGAGACUCACCACGACGGUGGGCUAGCGGAUGGUGGUCCUCGAUACGUAGUCAAGGAGCAAGAAACGGGGUCUGGAGGGGUCCUGCCCAGAAAAAGAGUCCGGGAAAUUGGAGAACCAAGGGUGGAGGCGGCAGAGGACAAGACAAUGGCGGAAGAUAUAGCAAUGACAGAAAUGAAGGUAAGUACUAACACAGCAUUGGCUGAAACUGCAGUGAUAGAUACGGUGAUGGAAGAAACGGCGGUGGCACUGCCAGAAACACUAGCGCAAGACGUAGCAGUGGCAGAAGGUGGACAGGUAGGAGGAGGAGAGGGGUGUGAAGAGGGGUCUGAGGGGGUACCGAGCAACAGAGUCAGGCAAAUGGGAGAAACUGCAUGGGCAGAAGGAGGAGAGGUAGGAGUGGAGGGGUGUGAAGGGGGGGAACCCAGCAACAGAGUCGGGCAAACGGAAGAACCAAGGGAAGAGGCAAAGCUGGCCGCAACAACCGCGGCAGAUCAUAUAGCAAUGGCAGAAAUAAUAGUUAAAAAAACAGGAGUGAUAGAUAUGGUAAUGGAAGAAACAACGGGCGCGGAAACAGUAGUGCGAGAAACAGCAGUGGUAGAGACUGCAGUGCCUGGAGGAGGAGUGGUACGAGGAGACGAGGGCUUAGGAGCGGUGGCCAAAACUGCAGUCCCAGGGAUGACGACAACGGCAGAAACAACAGCUGCAGAGAGGGCGACGACAGGAGCAGAGGUAGGAGGAGGAGAGGAGGAAGGAGCAGAGAGGGAAGCGCAAUGGGCAGACUCUGGGGCGCAAUUAGGUGGAGCCAUGACUCAAAGAGAUGCAUUAUCGACAGAACGUUUCGAGGCCUGCAGCUUGUCAAGCAGGGUGUUACGAUGUGCAGAGCAAAGCACCGGUCUGCGGAAACUCUUUCUUCGCAUUGGCUUUUUACUGAUAGACGAGUACGGUGGCGUGGCAGAGAGUCUCUCUGGACUUCUAAGAACAAACAAUAGCCUCCGAGCAUUGACGAUCAGCUGGAUGGAUCGCGGGGCGAUCUCUGUCGAAAACACGUUUAAGAUCGUUGAAGGUCUCAGGGAAAACAGACGUCUGGAAAUGCUGUGUUUCCGAGGGCUUCCUAUCCUACCAUCACAUGUGGCGGACACACCUCUUAGGACCCAGCUACAGUCUAUUCUUAGUCAGAAUCAGACUCUCAGAUCUUUGACUGGUCUUUACGGACUGGAGUCAGAUAAAGCCGUGAUCAGACUUUUGAGAGGACGCCCAUGGCCCUGAGAUUGCUGGGUGCAUCGCCGCGACUGACGGAACGACAGAGAUCCAGCUACGGUUCCAAGAACAGGAGUUUUACCUAGAUAUAUCGUGAAACAGCAUCGCCUUUCUGCCUCAUCAACUCACUGAAACUUCUGAAAGGAUAGCAAGUAAACUGCAAACACGAGG